GCGGCCACAGCGGCCGGGGCUGUGGUGGCCAAGUUAAAUUCGGGCAAGGGCUUCGCUCUGUUCUCUUUUCGCCGUCCCGCUUCCUGCCGAGGCCGCGCUCCCAAGGACGCCGCCGGGAGCUGCGGAGCACACUUGGAGUGGCAGUGCUGACAGCUGCUGUCUCGCACCCUUGAUUCUGUGAAGGUGCAUGAAGUUGUAAGCCCCAAAUGGCUGGAAAGAGGUCAUCAGGCAGGCGGCCCCUGCUGCUGGGGCUGCUGUUGGCCAUAGCCGCUAUCCAUCUGGUCACCUGUCCCUACACCAAAGUAGAGGAGAGCUUCGCCCUGCAGGCCACGCAUGACCUGCUCUACUACCGGCAGGCCCUGGGGCAGUACGACCAUCUCGAGUUCCCUGGGGUCGUCCCCAGGACCUUCCUCGGUCCAGUGGUGAUUGCCAUGUUGUCCAGUCCUGCAGUUUACGUGCUUUCGCUGUUGGAGACGUCCAAGUUUUACUCUCAGCUAAUAGUUAGAGGAGUGCUUGGACUUGGUGUGAUUUUUGGACUCUGGACAUUACAAAAGGAAGUGAGACGGCAGUUUGGGGCCGUGGUAGCCACCAUGUUCUGCUGGGUGACGGCCUUGCAGUUCCACCUGAUGUUCUACUGCACACGGACACUGCCCAACGUGCUGGUCCUGCCCGUGGUCCUGCUGGCCCUCUCAGCCUGGCUGGGGCAUGAGUGGGCCCGCUUCAUCUGGCUGUCGGCCUUCGCCAUCAUCGUGUUCAGGGCAGAGCUGUGCCUGUUCAUGGGCCUCCUGCUGCUGCUGGCUUUGGGCAGCCGAAAGGUUUCUGUGGUCAGAGCCUUUCGCCACGCCAUCCCAGCGGGGGUCCUCUGUUUAGGGCUGACAGUCGCUGUGGACUCUUAUUUUUGGCGGCAGCUCACGUGGCCAGAAGGAAAAGUGCUUUGGUACAACACCGUCCUGAACAAAAGCUCCAACUGGGGGACCUCCCCGCUGCUGUGGUACUUCUACUCAGCCCUGCCUCGCGGCCUGGGCUGCAGCCUGCUCUUCGUCCCACUGGGAUUGAUGGACAGAAGGAUGCACGCGUUGACAGUGGGGGCUCUCGGCUUUGUGGCAGUGUACUCCCUCCUGCCUCACAAGGAGCUGCGCUUCAUCAUCUACGCCUUCCCCGCACUCAACGUCACGGCCGCCAGAGGCUGCUCCUACCUGCUGAAUAACUAUAAAAAGUCUUGGCUGUACAAAGCGGGGUCUCUGCUUGUGAUCGGACAUCUCCUGGUGAAUGCUGCCUACUCGGCCACCGCCCUGUAUGUGUCCCAUUUCAACUACCCGGGCGGCGUGGCGAUGCAGAGGCUACACCAGCUGGUGCCCCCCCAGACAGACGUCCUUCUGCACAUUGACGUGGCAGCUGCCCAGACAGGUGUGUCUCGGUUUCUCCAAGUCAACAGCGCCUGGAGGUACGACAAGAGGGAGGACCUGCAGCCGGGGGCAGGCAUGCUGGCAUACACGCACAUCCUCAUGGAGGCGGCCCCUGACCUCCUGGCCCUCUACAGGGACACGCACCGGGUCCUGGCCAGUGUUGAAGGCACCACAGGUGUGAGUCUGAACCUGACCCAGCUGCCCCCCUUCAACGUCCACCUGCAGACAAAGCUGGUGCUUCUGGAGAGGCUCCCCCAGCCAUCCUGAGGGGCACUGGGCAGCCCUCAGCAGCCACAGGCCCUCCCGGAGCUGCUGUCGCUGCCAGUUUCCGCACAGUUGUGAUAAUUCAGAGAAGCAAGUGAAAGCACUGUGCACAUGGCUCCGACAGACACCAGAGCAGGUCCAGGGCCUCCUCUGUGGCCUCACCUGGGGCUGGCAGCACCAGAGAAUGAGGGGCCCAGGUCUUGUUGGCACCCUGGGAGCUACUGCCCAGGGUGAUGGUGGCCUGCUCAGGCCUUCCUGUGGAUGGGCAGGGUGGGUGACACAGUUGUCUGGCAUCCAGACCAAGUGCCAUGCAUGACUAAUCGGGAGCAGCAGGCCCGCCCGGGCACCUGUCUGUGAGGCUACAUGUGUCCUGGCCUCCCAGGGGGAUCUGCAUUUUGGCAGCACCCUGCACCUGCUGCCCGAGGGUCUCUAGGGGCAUCUGAGACAGCACCCCAUCUCGGGAGACCAUGGUGGCCCCUGCCGCCCCCCAUCCGCCACCGUCCCUGCAAUUGGUGUAUUCGCAGCAUCCCAUCUCCAUCACAGAUGAAAUUUUAGGAGAUAAACACGUUCAAAAAGGAAUGAGAUAAAAAGAAUAAGGCAAUAAAAUGUUGAUUGGAACCU